CUGGUUUUGACGACCCAGCUCCGCCGCUGCCAUGAUUUGCUGAGCAACUCGACACUGGCUUCAAAAAGAUGCGUGUGUGGAGGAGGCAGCAGCAGUAACAGAGACGGAGAGCGAGAAGUUACAAUAACGGAGAGAGAGAGAGAGAGAGAGAGUGUGUGUGUGUGUACGCGCUUCACCACACAGGGACGUACACACACAAAAAAAAAGCUUUCAAACAAAAACACGAGGACUUGAAAACUUACCGAGGAGCAACACUCUUUACCACCUCCACUCGAGUUCAGACCAGAGAGGGUGGGGGGGAGAGUUGUCGCACCUUGGCCCCGAAAGUCUGCGCCGCUGCUCGGCUCUAAAAGAACUCUCUUUCCCCUUCCUUUUCCAACCUCCGGCUGAGUUCAUGUUCCUCCCGUCGCCUCGCACUUUGAGCCCGGGUUUAAUGGAGGGCCCCGUAAGGAUUUGCCUCCAGAAGAAUGCGUCUUGCUGCUGAUUCACCCGACGGCUCGCAGCUUUUGCCCUCCUGUAAGAGAGGUUUGACGAUCAGUCCAGGGCGUGUGUGUCGGGCAACACGGCUGCUGGCAGGGGUCAAAGUGCACCAUGGACAGUGGCCUAAGGGUCCUCCUGUCCACUGUGCUGUGUCUCAGCCAGUCCCUGCUCAUCAGCUGCUCAUCUCACUACCCUUCUUUCCUCUCUGAGCCGUCCUCUUUGGUUCAGAGUCAAGGCUCUGUCGCUCGUCUACGCUGCUCGGUGACUCCUUCAUCGGCGGUCAUUUCCUGGCGUUUUCGAGGUCUCCCCCUGGGCCGGGACACCCUGCCCGGUUUGGAGCUCGACCAGGGCUCUCUCACCAUCUCCUCCCUGAAGCCCGGCCAUGUCGGCGCGUAUCAGUGUGUGGCACGCUUAGGCCGCCAUGGGCCCGCCGUCGCCAGCCGCCGUGCGCGUGUGGCUAUAGCAGAAAUAUCAGAAUAUGAAGAUGGCCGACGGCGGUCACUAUCAGUGCAGGAAGGCAGCACAGUUCUUAUAGAGUGUCCUCUACCGCACAGCGUUCCCCCAGCCCUGCCCAGACUGCGAGCACGAGGGGAGCGGAUAGAAGUGUCAACAGAUGACUUUUUAGUUCUUCCGUCUGGAAACCUCCAGAUUGUCUCCGUUUCAGCCCAGCAUCAGGGCAUGUACAAGUGUGGUGCAUUCAACCCUGUUACCGGGGAAACCGUCAUGAGGUCUCAUGGUACUAAGCUGUCGGUGAAACAUUCAGACUCUACCUCCCCGGUGAGGAUUAUUUACCCGACUGCUCCCGUGAACGUGUCGGUGCAGCAGUCUCAGCCGCUGACGUUGGAGUGCGUCGUGUCUGGUAGUCCUGCACCGGCGGCCAAAUGGUUUAAAAACGGCGAAGAGGUCACACCGGGACCUUCUCUCCGACUGCAGCACAACAACCUGGCCUUUGCGACGCCGACGAGGAGCGAUGAAGGAAGUUACGCCUGUGCCGCUGAGACCGAGCAGGGGACUGUGACCAGCGCUAAAUACACUGUGAAUGUUCUUGAGCCGGUGUCGAUCACAGAAGGCCUGACCGACCAGCUCGUCUCUCCUGGCUCCUCUGCUCGGUUUACCUGCCUGUCUAGAGGAAACCCCUCCCCGAACAUCACCUGGCUGUUCAACGCCGAGCCCGUCGUCCCAUCACGUCGCUUUCAGAUGUCCGGAUCCUCACUUGUUGUUACAGACGUGACGAAACAGGAUGAGGGCGUGUUUCAGUGUCUCCUGGACAACGGCAUCAGCUCGGAACAGUCAUGUGGAGCGCUAACAACUCAGUCAGAUCCACAGCCGAGCUCGUCCGCCUCGCCAUCGCUGCACCCCAUGCAGAGCGACGAGGGUCGCGAGCGCUUCCUGACCGAGGAGGAGGGCGACGUGCACAGCCUGCCGGCGGAGCGGAGCAGUGACCGUCCGACUCCUGAGGCGCCCAUCAUCAUCAGCCCACCCCAAACUCACAAACCUGAUAUUUACGACCUCGAGUGGAAGGCGGGGCGGGAUGGAGGGACGCCAAUCAACGCUUACUUUGUCAAAUACCGCAAGGUCGAUGAAAUGGGAACUGUGGUCGGGAACUGGCACACGGUUCGUGUCCCUGGCAGCGAGAAGACGCUCCGGCUGUCAGAGCUGGAGUCCUCCAGUCUCUACGAGGUUCUGAUGGUGGCUCGAAGCACAGCAGGCGAGGGACAGCCGGCCAUGCUCACCUUCCGCACGGGCAAGGAGAAGAGCACCACCUCCAACAAGAACCCGUCCAAGCCUCCCGUCAUCUCCAUGGCACCCAAAGCCCCGGAGGACAAAACCCCCAACACACACUUUGGUGUGGUCAUACACGACCGAGUACCCGAGGCUCCCGAUCGCCCGACCAUCUCCAUGGCGACUGAAAGUUCGGUGUAUGUCACCUGGAUUCCCAGAGCCAACGGCGGCUCUCCGAUCACAGCUUUCCGCGUGGAGUACAAACGCGGGCGCAGCGCCGAGUGGGUCGUGGCUGCAGAUAACAUCUCACCUCUCAAACUGUCUGUGGAAGUCCGCAACCUAGAGCCUGGCUCCAGCUACAGGUUCCGCGUGGUGGCCAUGAACAUGUACGGCGAGAGUCCUCACAGCAUCACCUCCAAGCUGUACCAGGUCCCUCAGGCCAGCCCGCGCAUCGCAGACCGGCCCGUGGUGGGACCGCACAUCUCAUCCACAGACGCCAUCAGUGACACUCAGAUCAUGCUGCGCUGGACUGUGAGUACUUACAGUCCCUCGAGUAACAACAACACCCCGAUCCAAGGCUUCUACAUUUACUACCGGCCCACAGACAGCGACAACGACAGCGACUACAAAAGAGACGUGGUGGAAGGUGUAAAACACUGGCACAUGAUUGGCCACCUCCAGCCUGAGACCUCUUACGAUAUCAAGAUGCAGUGCUUUAAUGACGGGGGAGAGAGCGACUACAGCAACGUCAUGAUCUGUGAGACCAGAGCACGUCAGUCCCCGGGGUCGCCCAGCCAGCACCCCGUCACCCCACCGGGCCCCCACCCACAGGAGCCACCCAGCCCACCGGGAGGCCUGCUGUACCUGAUUGUCGGCUGCGUUCUGGGAGUGAUGGUGCUCAUCCUGCUGGCUUUUAUCGCCAUGUGCCUGUGGAGGAAUCGGCAACAGAACAACAUGCUGAAGUAUGACCCUCCUGGCUACCUGUACCAGCAAGCGGAGAUGAACGGCCACGUCCUGGAGUACACCACGCUGCCCGGCUCCAGCCGCAUCAACGGAGGCGUCCACGGGGGCUACGGGCACAGCGGUCCCAUGAUACCCCAAGGGUGCCAUCACCUCCACCACAAACUCCCCAACGGUUUGGCUCUGCUCAACGGCUCAGGCAGCCUCUUUUCACCGGGCCACCCACACGGCCACGACGGCACCCUGCCGCACAGCACGCGGGACUGCGAGCACUCGCACCCGCACCAUCACCAUAACGGAGGAGGCAUGUACACGGCUCUCCCACAGACUGAGUCGUCUGAUUGUAUGAGCUGUCAGAACCUCUGCAACAAUAACAGAUGUUACAACAAGGCCAAUGGCACGUUCUCCAGCGGCACUCUGCCCUUAAUGCACCGCGUGGCGCCGUGCCAGCAGGACGGGCUGGAGAUGGUUCCUCUGGGACAGGUCUCGUCGCCGUGCCACGGCCCCGACGGUCAGAUGCUCUGUAGUGAGCAGGGGGCCGACGCAGGGUGCCAACCAGACGAGCACAGGGAGUCCUCGCCCUCGCAGCAUUCCUGCUGUCUGGUCGGAAACAAUGAAAACUGUCCAGCAGACAACACUGCCGAGGAGGAGCUGGAGUGCGUGGACACGGAGGGGCCUGUGGUGUGCUGGGAGAGUCUCGGCCUGCCAGACUUGGACUGUGACGAAAAGCCCGGGUGGAUCUCCAGCAGCAGCCUGGCAGGAGAGUUGAUCCAGCCCGGCCCACAGGAGGUCUGAACGCAGCCCACACACGCUCACUCUCUCCUGCAGCGAGGAGAUUGGUGCAAAUUGGACUGGACAAA